GCAUAGAAUGAUAAUUGUCCAGAGAAUACCCAUAGAUCACAUUUAUAAGAAGAUCAUAAUAUAUCAUUCUACACACACCUCUCCCCCCCCACAUACUAAGUUAUAUACAUGUUGCUGUUUGAAAAUAAUGUAAAGAAUACAGAGUAAUGGUUUUGUGUCAGAUAUUGUGGUUAAUUUCUAAAUAUUUGAAAUUUUUCAUUAGUAGUUCCUUGUAAAAAAUCUAUAUUUUGUUAGGUAAAAAUUAAUAAAUGACUAACUAAACAACGUUACAUAAAUUUCCAAUCAUUGUCAUUUUCCAGUAUUAUAAUAAAACAAAAUGUUUUAUUAAACAGAUUCCCCACAGUCAUAAUGAUGAAAAAACUUAACAGCGAUAAAGUAAAAAUGAUACCAUGUAGGUGUCAUAUUCAAAGAUCAGCACUGUUACCAAUCAAUAAUGUGAAAUAUUGUAGUUAUAUAUUAAUCAAUCAGAAACGAUCAGCUAGUAGGUAACUUGUAUAUAGGUCUGUAUUAUAGGAAGGUUUAAAAUUAAAAUAUCUCAUCGACUUUUAUACUUAUAACGAACACUACAACUUGUUAGCAUUUGUAAUGUAGUUUUUAUCAGUUUGAACUAUCAUAAUGCUGUUUGUAGCAAUAGGAGGAGGAAUAAUUUUAAUUUUAGUGGUAGCGUUCAUCGGUAGUUGAAACAUAACAGUAAGACAAUAAUUAAUCAGAUUGCAGCAAAAUAUAUUUCUGAUUGUUCAACUCUAGAGCAACAUCUGGUGAAGAAGUCCAAAGUAGAAAAACAGACAACCGGGGAAGAACGGGUGUUACAUAAUGCAUCUUCUGAAAGAAUUGCUAAAGUUGCUGAAAGAUAAAGCUGGAUAAAAUGGAUACUGGUUUUCUGGUAACUCUUAACUUUCCUUGAGUUUCCACAGCAACGGCAGGUGACAGGAUAUCUUUAUUAUUACCGUGAGCCUCAAACCAUGGGAGGGACUCAGCCUGAAGCUUGUGUCAGAGGGAGACAUUCCUUACACAAGUAUUGCAACUGCCUUCUGGAUUAUGGAUUAUGUACAUGCCCAGAACAAGCACAUGUUAGUGGCUGAAUGGAUUAUUCUCUGUAAGAGUGGAGAGAGUAAACCUGUGCUACCAACCAUCACGAUUGACUGUACUUCUGUCAACAAACUUGAGUAAGAUGGUCGUUGGAUCAACUGCAAGUUUGGGAAAAUCCAGUUAAGGCUAAAGGUUGAAGGAGGAUCCCGGGAGAAAAGAGAAGGGGGAACCGAACCCUUGGCUAACUUCGCAAGAGGUAGCUGGUGCACAGAGAAUGGAAGCUGAAGAGUGUGUCCCAGCUAAACCCAAUAAAGGAAAGUUUGCUCAUGAAUUCAUCAAAGAAGGCAUGAGAAGAAAUCUACCUGUUCCCAAGGAAAGUGACAUUGGUCUCUACCAAAAGGAAGGAAGGGUGGAACAACUAAAUCAAGUAACAAGAAGGUUGAUAGGAGUAGACCACCUGGAGAAAAUGAGAAAAAGGUGUAAAGACUUGUCCAACUCAGAUAAACCUCCACUUUGCAAAGGGGAAGGAGAUUUAUCUCAACAAGACAGGAUAUCACCCUCCUCAAGGAAAGGUAACUAAGUAAUUAUAAGAGUCCUUAGAUCUCAGGUAAGUAACUUGUAUAAGAUAGAACUACUGAAAACCUAAGAGCAUUAAGUUUUCUCUUAACAUGUUAUAAAAGCAAAUAAGUGCUUUUUCCUGUUUCAGGAUUAAUAUUAAGGGAUUUUGGUGGCAGUGGCGACAGAAGUUGCCACCUACCAAUUGCCCCGAAUGAGGUAGUCUGUGCCUCAGCCUUCUUGUCAAGUCUCUCAACACGUCCAUCAUUGGCUAUUGAACUACAGCGCAAAAAAGGGUGGCAUUGGUCUAUGGAUGUGACAUCAUCACAUAGGGUCUGAUACCCUCUGAGGUAACAACAAUAGAGAUUCCUGUGGGUGGUGGUGUUGUCAGUGACCUCUGGUCUGCUGCUGUAUCAUCUGUUGAGUGACUGGAAGGAACUGCGCCAGGGACCACUCAGGGUUGCUGUGGAAGACAGCCGUGUGAGUGUAAGCAACAUUGACUUUCCGGCAGUAACCGUGUGUCCGGUCAAUGUCAUUGACCCCGACAGGCUCCAUCUGUUGAUGACCAGGGUUCUAGGCUCUGGCUAUAGAGAAGAGACAGCCACAAGAUUCUCAACCACACUGAAAGCUCUCACUAUGGUCACCAACCCAAAAUGGGACGGAGGGUACACAUAUUUCCAAUCGCAGAAUGUCACACCAUUUCCAAUCCGAAAUGAUGACAUCAUUCCGUUUUUAAAGACCGUUACACACUCUAUAGAUGACAUAAUCAGAAUUUGCUAUUGGAGAGGAAGUCAUUUCAACUGUUCCGACAUCUUUAGGCUGCAAAGUACUGAGUUGGGUCUCUGUCACUCCUUCAAUAGUUAUACAUCGCUCCAGUCCUCGACUGAUUCAAAAAUGAACCCUCCAUUCCGCAACGAGAAAGGGGAGCUGGUAGGAUUCAGGUCCAUAUCUGAAGGGAGAAGCAGCGGUAUUGACCUGAUUUUACAUCCCAAACAAAGUGUCGGUUCCGGCAACAUCAUAGUUAGAGCAGCUGUGAACAGUCCACGGAUGUACCCUCCAGUUUCGCAUCUGAGGCCACUGCAGCACCAGCCAGAGGGAAUGUACCGGAUGGAGGUACAAGUGGAAGUGACCAAGGCCCACAGUUCCCUGGGAGCCAUGGACCGAAACUGGCUGCCGUGCAGUCUGAGCGGCUCCGACACCAUGGAGAACUGCCUACUGAGCUGCCGCAGCCGCCACAUCUGGCAACACUGCGGCUGUCUUCUGUACACGCACGCUCUAUUGUUUAACAACGACAAAGUAACGAUAUGUGGAGUCGAGCAGUUUCAAUGUCUUUCCAGACUGACAAUCAGCCUGAACUACGUAGAGCUACGUUACAACUCAGCCAAUUCUACAGGUCUGGUCUGCGACUGUAAGCCAGUUUGUUCGGAGACCAUGUACACAACAAACACACAACUUAUGCCAAGAGAGACAACGCUGUUCACUUUCCCCUAUUCAGUUCACUUUGAUGUGUUCUACUUUUCUAAGUGGGCAAUGGGAUACGUUGUCCGAGGCAAGAUCACGCAGAGCGACGUUAUAGUGGGUUUGGGAGGAACGAGCGGUUUAUAUCUCGGAGCCAGUUUCAUCAGUUUUAUAGAAGUUCUUGUGAUGGUGGUCAAAAUAUUUUUCUCAAAAGCUUAAAUCAUACUAUCUAAAAUAACUGUAAUCUUAUAAGAAUUAGCAUAAAAUAAAUUAAAUUACAUAUUGCAAAGUUUCUAGCUUUAAUGAGCAUUGCAGAAUACAGUUAUGUACUAUCUGAGUAGAUAAUCAAUACAGAUAAAAAAAUAACACUAGAUAAUUAUUAUUAUGUGUUUAUACUGGUUUUUUAUGAUUUAAUUAUUUAUUUUUAAAUAUUGUGAUUAUUGUUUAAACUUUCAAUUAAUAUGAGGAAACAAGUUCUAGUUUAUUUUAUAGAAUAACUAGCUGACCCAACAAAUGUUGUUUUGCCAUAUAAAUUCUUUUUAUAGUAUUAUUUUGGUAGAUUAUUUUAGUAGAAAGAUUAUUGUAAGUAUGUGAGGAUGCAGUGUAUGAGUGGAAGCAUGGAACGUUCUAAACGAUGACGGAAUAUAAAAAUAACA